AUGGCAGACCGGCAGGUGACCCAGCAGAACAUAUUAGCUCUGCUGGGCAAGCUCGACGAUCCUGAUGCCGAUUUGAGAUACAUGUCCCUCAAUGAUCUCUUUGGGAUCUUGACCAGCCCGGGCUCUGCUUUCCUCGCCCAGGAGCAGCGCACGGCUACAAAGCUGGCUGAAGGCCUGCUCAAGGCGCUAGACGAUCAGCACGGCGAUGUGCAAAACCAAGCCCUCAAAUGUCUUGGUCCGCUGUCUGUCCGACUCUCCUUCGAAUCGCUCACGCCGCUGCUCGGGAAGUUGACCGACUUGACUGCCUCUCAAACGAUCGACACCUCCGUCCCCAACACUGCCCUUCGCGUCAUCGUCGAUACCCUUCCUCAUCCACAGUCCGGCCAGCCGGCACAACAAAAUGCGAUCACUGCAUACUCGGCCGUGUCAAAGGUUCUGAUUCCUCGGUUGACGGGCCCGACCCCGUCGGCGUCUGGGCGGCGGGGCUCGGUGGUGCGGGGGAUGCUGGAGAAGGAUCCAUCUAAAGGUUUCAGCAGUGACGCCAUUGACGUGCUCAUCAAGGUUGUCACCUGCUUUGGGCCACUGCUACAGGAAUCUGAACUGGCCGCCUUGCAGGGGCCUGUCAUGGGCAUCAUCCACAACGACACAGCUGGAACCGUCGUCACCAAGCGCGCCCUGACCGCCAUCUCGGCGCUGGUGCUGCAUUUCUCAGAGCACCAACUCAACUCCUUUGUCGCCAGCCUGACCGAAACCCUCUCCUCUCCCAAUAUCUCUACCGUUCACCGUCGCCACCUGAUCGCUGCCAUCGGCGCCAUUGCGCGGAGUGCUCCGGCCAAGUUUGGCCCGCAUUUGAACACCCUCACGCCUUUUGUAUUUGCUGCUGUCGGGGAGGAUGGUGUUGCGCAGGCAAAUUGA